GUCAGUUGUCAAUGUCAAUAUUUGUGGGACAAAAUAAAAAUAAAUAAAUAAAUUCUUUUGUGGAAUAAAAGGCAAUUUCAUCAAUUAUAUUUAAUAUUUAUUUAGUUUAAUAAUUAUGAGUAAAACGCCGUGUCGAUGCUGCCUUAUCCGACCUCCAGACAAAGAUCUGAAGCAAAUAUACAAAUACCUCGGAAGAACCGAAGUUUACGCUGAUAUGCUAAAGGAAUGCUUUGAAAUUCAUCUUAAACUCAGUGAUGUCGAACGUGACAGUGGUAUAUGUGAGACAUGCGUCACUCGGCUACGAGACUCGUACGAGUUCAAGCAGCAAGUGCAACAGUGUCAGAAGGAGUUCCAGAAGACACUCACGGCUGGAGUUGACAUCAAAGAUGAGAAGGCGGCUAUUGUCAAAGAAGAGGUAACGGAUCCCGAUGACGAGAACGACAUAUUUUUCAUGGAAUUAAAAGAAGAAUACUCAGAUUACGACAUGAAGGACGAGGACGAUAAGAAUCUGGCGGAGAUACUGGGCUUCUCGGACGUCGCGGCGAAGAAGAAGAAGAAGAAGACCAGCAGAAAGCUGGAUCUGAAGAAGAGUCACGAUCGCAAAGCGAAGAAGAUGCUGACGGGCCCUUUGAAAAUAUCUCUCAGGGCGCUCUCGGAGAAGUUGAAAAGUCCGGUCAUUUCCGACAUCCGCUUCCUCAGCGAGAACAAGAAGCACAAACUCAACAUUGAAAACGUACUCAAAUACUCAAAUGCGACGCCAUUUUCCAACAAAACUCUGUCGGGCAUAGUCUGCGCGUACUGCAAAGAAACGUAUAAGAACCCCGAAGACUUGCGCAUUCACACACAAGACACUCACAAGAAUUCAGAGCUGAACGACAACAAACGCAUAGACAAGAACAACUUGUCGAUAAAAAUGGACAUCACUAAUCUAAAAUGCAACAUUUGUAACACGAAUGUCGAUGUUAUAUCGAAUCUGAAAACACAUUUGGUCAAGGAGCACGAUAUAAAAUUUUAUCCGGACGUAUACGAUUAUAUAUUGGAAUUCAAACUAACGGCCGACGACAUAAUGAAUUGCGCAUUGUGUCACUCCACGUUCGAAACGUUCAAAAUGUUGUUACAACAUAUGAACGGCCAUUAUAGGAACUACAUAUGUGAUGUUUGCGAUCUGGGGUUUAUAAACAAACAUAGACUUAAGAACCAUCAAAGGACGCACGAGUUGGGGACAUUCAAGUGUACGUUUUGCGAUAAAGUUUUCAGUACACGCGUGAGGAAAGUGUGUCACGAGAAAUACACGCAUAACACGAGUGCCCGUUAUACAACCAACUGUCCGCAUUGCGACAAAUCGUUCACGAGUUACUAUCAGAGGAACAGACACAUGUUUCAAGAGCACAACACCGCGGCCGCGUCUUACAAGUGCAAUAUAUGUGAUAAAUCGUUCAUUUUGAAGUCGAAAUUGACGUCUCAUAUAAAAAAAGUGCAUUUAAUGGAGCGUAAUCAUAUCUGCGCGGAGUGCGGUCAGGGAUUUUUCAUUAAACAGUCUUUAGAUGAACAUAUGAUUAAGCAUAACGGUGAGAGAGUGUAUAAAUGCACGGUGUGCCAUAAAGCGUACGCUAGGAAGAAAACUCUGAGGGAGCAUAUGAGGAUACAUAAUAAUGACAGGCGUUUCAAAUGUGGAGUUUGUGGGCUGGCGUUCGUUCAGAAGUGUAGCUUAAAGAGUCACAUGCUGUCCAAUCAUGGGAUUACUUUAGCGGAGUUCGAAUCCGCUAGAGCUGAUAUAAUUAGCCCGUAAGAUAUUGAGGGUAGUUUAACAAAAUUAACUUAUUAGUUAAAAGUGGUUUUGUUGGGACUAGAUAAUCUUAUUUAUUUUUUUUUGUUCACUUCAAUAGGACAAUUUCUGUAGGCUAUUUCUGCCGUAAAAAGUCAUAUUGUUUGACGUGAGUUAAACUUUUUCGCUUUUUUAAGGUGGCCCUGGUGGCCCUGCCUCGUGACGUGACCGAAUAUUAAGUAGUUGAUUUUUUUUAUUAUAAAAGAAAACCACUUUGAUACGUUAAAAUCUAAAGAUAAUUUCGCUGUUUUAGAAAAAAUCUGUCUUUUGUUGCCCUGGUGGCACAACCGUGUUCUCGAAAAAUCUAUACUAAUAUUAUAAAGCUGAAGAGUUUGUUUGUUUGUUUGAACGCCCUAAUCUCUGGAACUACUGGUUCGAAUUGAAAAAUUCUUUCCAUGUUUAUUAGACCACUUAUCGAGGAAGCUUAAGUUUACCAUCACGCUGCAACUAUUAGGAGCGAUGAAAUAAUGGAGAAUGUAAAAAAACGGGGAAAAUUAUUCCUCCUUGAGGGCUUCGAUGAUACCCAAAAUAACUAUUCCACGCGGGCGAAGUCGCGGGCAUAGCUAGUAAUUACUAACACGCUUACGUGUAAGGUAAAGCUGUGGACACCAUAUUAUUUAUUUAUAGUUGUUACAAAUAUUUUUUUAUCUGGAUUAAAAAUAAAUUUAAUACGAAAAAAUGUAUGCAAAAUUUAUUCAUAUCAAAUGUGAAAAGAUCAUAGCGUGAUUAUCCUAAUCAAACUGAUUUGUGAUUAGGAUAAUGACGUUAUGGUCUAUCCGUAUGUUCUAAUGCCUUGUGGCGUUAUUAUUUUAGGUGCAAUAAAGUUCUAUUAAGUUUUACUGUUUAUAUGUUACCGUUAGAUGGUUGUAUCAUAUCGCGCUACUGCGAUUUCAAUAUUAUUUUGUGCGUAACAUUUCAUCGGAAAGAAUUGCAAUAAAUUGUAUUGUAGUUUUCAGUACAUCCAGCCGUUUCUUAGCUUUGCUAAAAAUGUAAAUACGUAUAUAUAUAAUAUUAAUAUAUAUAUAUAAUAUUAUAUUAUAGUGUUAUAUUGUAUUAAAUAAGGUUUAUUUACAUCAAACUUUUUAUAAAUUUAAAUAGAGCGCUAGAUUGUUCUUUGUAUUUGAAAUUGGUUGUAUUUUGAUUAAGGCAUUCCUCUAUUAUAGGGAAUUGAACGUUGGAAUUGUGACGUCAUCACGUCAUAACCUUAGCCUAGUGUUUCAGAUAUCUUGGAUAUAAUAUCUUCUUCCUCCCGGCUUUGUCCUCACGACUCUGGAGAGGAGCCCGGGGUAUGCAUUUGACCGUGGAUCCUGGAUUGGGUGAGUCAGGUUUUAACACGAAGCAACUCCCAUCAGACCUCCGCAACAUUUGCAGGGAAACCUAACCUGUAUUGGAUCGGUCAUGGUUACACAUCCAGUUGCCUGAAUGUGCAGGUUUCCUCACGAGGUUUUCCCUCGCCGUAAGAGCAUCGGUUGAUGUUCAAACUAUUUCCCUGUCGCCACGAUCCUAAUAGAAGGAAUGCCUUGGUCAAAUUUUGUGUAUAAAUGAAUGAUUUAAAGUAAUAUGUUGAUUAAUAUAGUUCUUCCAGUGUUUUGUUUGAAAUUGUAUAAGUCCUAUUUAUUAUUUGUUACAAUAAAAGAUUUUAU